GGCUGAUGUGGUCAAUUGAGGCUUUAGCCCCCACCACCAUCCCCCUCUCAGGGAAACUUAAGAGUCACUGCUUUUAUUUUCAGUGGGGGGUGAGCUGGUUGUUGCUACCUUGCUCUGCAUUCACUGGGUGCAGUGAAUAUUGCUGGGUGCAGCUGGUGGCACCCCAAUGACGCCAAUGCUGCAAAGCAGGAGUGGUGCUAGUGGGGUGCUGGCAUGUGAGAUGGUGGCCAUGAAAGUUCCUUGGGGCAGCCGGUGCUAGGAGGGACAGAGGAGUCAGCUCUGGUGGGCACAACAUAGCGGUGGGGAAUCCAAGAGCGGUUUACUGUGAGAAGCAGUGAAACCCAGGGAGUGGGGCAUGGCAGAAAGCAGCUGCAGGAGUAAGCAAGAGCCCAGUUUUGUAGUGGGCUCUGCAGUUUGUCCUUUACUUGAUGUGUGCCCUGUUAGCUAUUCUGCUGCACCACUAAGGUGGCCAAGCAGCAGGCAAUGAAAGACUCCCAUGUUUCAGACCAGUGUAUCCUGGAGCCUUUUUCCUGGGGAGCUCCAGUCUCAGCUCUACAAUCUGCCACUUGCAGCUGAGUGUACUAAUUUCUAGCUGAAAUGUUACAGUCAAUGCCUGAAAGUCAGUCAAGUGUCAGUUUGUUGCCAUCUCAGAAAUACAGUAUGGAAAACUUUGCCCAAAUUCAGCUCUGGCAGGGUUAUGAAUAAGAGCUGUGUCCUUGAUAAGAUAAAUUCAAGUCUUUCUGUUCAUCUCGUGUUUCUAUGAUCUACCCAUCUAGAGGAUAUCCACCCAGUUUGUGAUUCAGUCACCCAGUUCACUGGCUCAUGCUUCCUUCUGAAGGCAAGAAAACCAUUUUGCCUGUCUGUAGCAUUUUAUUCCUGUCUGGCAAAUGGUUUGUCAUUUAUUGACGAACUGUGAAUAAAGUUCUCUCUAGGUGCUGGACCAGGUAGGAUAAAUGUCUCUGGAUGGAAAGGAUAAGAGCUUUGUAGUGGAGAUAUAACUACUCAGUAUUUGAAUUUUGCUGGUGAUUUGAGUGGACAAGUCUGGACAGAGAGAUUUGGUGGGGGAGAGAAAAAGGACACUUAGUGUUUCAUAAAAUGUUUUCUACUGUGUUUCUAAAAAUAUUUGAAAGCCCAAGAAAACAAAAGCUAAACAAGCUUUGCACUUAAUUUUGAAGUAGCUGUGGUAUAGUGUGCAGCAGAACUGAAGUGUUGCUCAUGUGGGUGGCUCACUGUGUGUUGGGUUUGCUGGUGUAACAAGUGCAUGGCUUGGUCUGAAUGUUAAAUGAAACAUGGUGAAGGGGCUGGAACGAUGAGGGGAGACAGAAGUGACUGAGUUUGCUGGUGAGGUGGUGGAGGAGGAGGUGUGAGGAGCAAAAAGAGGAGUCUGAUGGCAGCCUCCUGCAGUGGUUGGGGCGGGCAGGACAGAUCAGAUGAGGGGUCUGCCACACAUGAAGGAGAUUGCUGGUCUGGAGUCACAUUGAAGGGGAAAGAAAGGUACUUGUUCCUGAGAGGCGUGCAAGAAGUUGUUGGGUAGCAGCACAUGGUGAGCGCUUUGAAGGUGUUGCCAUGAGAGGAUGAGUCUUAUGUGCAAAGUCAUGACAUAAGCUUGGAGGUGUGACAGACCUGUAGCAGAGAAAGCUGGUCACCCACUUGCAGGGAGGGAGGAAUGUGUGGCAGCACCAGGGAGCAGCAGUUUAGAGGGGAGAUCAGGCCUGUGGUUUAUGUUUAAAGAAGGCAGUGGAGGGUUUUGGGUUGAAGAAUAUUCACUCUGGAAGAUGAGAGUAGAACUGCAGAGCAUAAACAGCGUGCAGGGCACAGAAGGUUGCCUUUUACCAGGGUUUUGUAGCAAGGAUCAAACUGUAGCUGUGUAUUGUGGGACCUACAGAGAUACAAUAGGCUGGUCAGCCAUCCAGAUGAAGCAAAGGUGGGGAUAUUCAUGCUGGAUGCAGUGGCAAUAGUGAUGAGGAGAGGAAAAAACAGAAGGGGAGCUUUGGGAUGCAAGAAGAGUUGGGUAACUCUAGGAAGGAGACAUUCUGUAGCCAUUCCCAGUAGUCCUUUGGCUGCACUUCAGGUUUGGGUCAGUAGUGUUUGAAUGCCCUUCUCUCUGGGCAAGGAACAGUAAUCAGUUCUCACUGUCACACAGACUCACAUCCUGCUGUGUAGGAUGUUUUAGCAGCAGGGUCAGGGUAGCUGUGAGAACAGGUACUGAUCUCUUCUUCACUCCUUGCAGAGUGUUUUAAAGGCUGAGCUCAGAAACAGAAGUAGACAAUGUGUAUCAGAAGCUUUUCAAGGUGGUGAUUUGUUUUGUGGAUAUACACAAUUGUAUAAAGGUGUGCCAUGGCAUUUUUGGAAUGCAGCCAUUGACUUGAUGAUGACCAGCCAGUGUUCAACUGCCCUCCCCACAGUCACCAAUAAUCUCCCUUUUCAUCAGAUCUGUGGGCUUCUGCUUCACUUCCCUGACUUUUGUUCCCUCAAAUAUGACUCAUGGAGCAGCAAGAGCAGGGCUGCACCUCCAGGCAGGGCAAGCAAGUAGCUGAAGGUGAUGGCAGUCACCAGCAAUGCCUUCAUAGGGUACAGUCUCACCACAUGUGAACAGUGUAGGCAGAACUAGAUGCCAAUAGGAGUGGUCCAUCAACAGUCCCAGAGAAGAUGAAGUGGUGAAUCUGGUCCAGGUCUACCCAGCAAGUCCAGUGGUAGGAGAUGAUGCCAGAGACAGGACUGGAGACAAGCUGCCUGCAGUGGAUGUCUAAGGCUUGUCCCAGAGAUAGAACUGAGGACAAGUUCACCUACAGCAUAGCUCAGACAAGGCAGGACCUGGACCUCUGCUGAAAUGGAGCUCCUAGACUAUGGACAGAGGGGCAUAGGUGGGGGUCCAAGCAACCAUAAUGGAGAGGCAGAAGAGAAAACAAGAAAUAGAGAAAGGACUUCAGUUCAUUCAGUCCACAUUACCCCUAAGCCAAGAAGAUUAUGAGGCCUUUUUGCAGAAGCUGGUGAGAAACUUGUUUGCAGAGGGCAAUGAUUUGUUCCGAGAGAAGGAUUUCAAGCUUUCCCUGGUCCAGUAUGUAGAAGGGCUGAAUGUGGCGGAUUAUGCAGCCUCUGACGAGGUGACCAUCCCAAAGGAACUCCUCUGCAAGCUCCAUGUCAACCGAGCUGCCUGCUACUUUGCCAUGGGGUUGUAUGAGAAGGCGCUGGAAGACAGCGAGAAGGCUUUAAGUCUCGACAAGGAGAACAUCCGAGCGCUAUUCCGGAAAGCCCGUUCCUUAAAUGAACUUGGAAGACACAAAGAAGCGUAUGAGUGCAACAGCCGAUGCUUGCUGUCCCUUCCACAUGAUGAAAGUGUCACACAACUGGGACAGGAGCUUGCCCAGAAGCUGGGACUGAGGGUUCGAAAAGCAUACAAAAGACCUCAGCAGGAAUUGGAAACAUUCUCACUACUCAGUAAUGGCACGUCAAUCAAUUCAUCAAACCAGACUACUUCCAAUGGAUUGGGCUCAAUAGAUGACAUCGAAACAGACUGCUCUAUGGACCUGCAGUGCCUCCCAUCUCCUGUGGCCACCUCCAUCCCUGUGAAUGAGGGGUUGGCCCCUUUGCCUUCUGACUCAGAUGCAAAGGGCUUGCCCACCUCACUUUCUGCUGCCAGCUUGAUCCCGUCUCCAGACUGUGUACCAUUGCCAGUGCCUGAGAAUGCAGAGGACUUCACAGAUGGGGACAUCAUUGGGGAAGAACUAGACUCCCUCCUGGAUUCCCUUGCUGAAGGGUCACCAUACCCUCUAUCUCUCGUCCAGGGCACCAUUCCUACCAACCUGCCAACAGAGAUGCCCCAGUUGAUUCCUGUGUUUCCGGGGGGGACUCCACUGCUGCCUCCAGUUGUGACAGCCAGUAUUCCUGUCUCUACCCCUCUGCCACCUGCCUCCUUUGGCCUGGUGAUGGAUCCCACCAAGCAGCUCUCCUCCUCCUCAGUCCUGGAUGCCUUUGAGGCCCCACCAGGAGGAAGUGGCAGCUCCACUUUAGAUUCGCUGGAUUCCCUGGAUCUGCUUCCAUACACAGAUACACGGCUUGACGCCCUGGACUCCUUUGGGACAAGCAGGGGGUCGCUGGAUACCUUGGAUUCCUUUGCCAUUGAAGAAGCUAGCUCUCAGGAACUGCGACACCCAUCUGGCAGCCAAAAACCAGCCCCAGUGGUGAGUGAGCUACUGCCCUGUGCUGAUGUCCCAAGAUGCUCUGAAGCCAAGGUCAGCCUUGGUGGAGUGAGUCACCCAGCUGUGCCCAAAGCCACCGAGCACCUGCUGUCCCAGCCAGAACCAGUAAUGCCCAACACGGCUCUGCUGGUGAAGAACCCCCUGGCGUCUACUCAUGUUUUCAAACAAGCCUGUCAUAUCUGCUACCCCAAAACAGGGCCCAAAGCUGGUGAUUACACCUAUCGGGAAGGGUUAGAGCACAAGUGCAAGCGGGACAUCCUGCUGGGCAGGCUGAAGAACUCAGAAGACAAGACCUGGAAGAGGAUCCGUCCUCGCCCAACCAAAACCAAUUUUGUAGGAUCCUAUUAUCUGUGCAAAGAUAUGCUUAACAAGCAGGACUGUAAGUACGGGGAUAACUGCACCUUCGCGUACCACCAGGAAGAGAUCGACGUGUGGACAGAGGAGAGGAAGGGGACCCUCAAUCGUGACCUCCUCUUUGACCCGCUAGGUGGGAUCAAGCAGAGCAGCCUCACAAUUGCCAAGCUCCUCAAGGAACACCAGGGCAUUUUCACCUUCCUCUGUGAGAUUUGCUUUGACAGCAAACCCCGGAUUAUCAGCAAAGGGACCAAGGACACACCAUCUGUCUGCUCCAACCUUUCUGCAAAACACAUUUUCCAUGAUAACAAGUGUCUGGUCCACAUUGUGCGUUCCACCUCCCUGAAAUAUUCCAAGAUCCGUCAGUUCCAGGAGCACUUCCAGUUUGACGUGUGCCGACAUGAGGUGCGUUACGGCUGCCUGCGUGAGGACAGCUGCCACUUUGCUCACAGUUUCAUUGAGCUCAAGGUCUGGCUGCUGCAGCAAUAUUCAGGAAUGACCCAUGAAGAUAUUGUGCAGGAGUCCAAGAAGUACUGGCAGCAGGUGGAGGCACAUGCCAGCAAACCAGCCAACAGCGUGGCUUCUCCCCGGAAUCCCACGUCAAGCACCUUUGACCUCCAGAUGAAAUUUGUGUGUGGCCAGUGCUGGAGGAACGGGCAGCUGGUGGAGCCAGAUAAAGACCUCAAAUACUGUAGUGCCAAAGCCCCCCACUGCUGGACGAAGGAACGCCGUGUCCUGCUGGUGAUGUCCAAAGCUAAGAAGAAGUGGGUGUCAGUCCGACCACUGCCUUCCAUCCGUAACUUCCCUCAGCAAUAUGAUUUGUGUAUCCAUGCACAGAAUGGCAGGAAAUGUCAGUAUGUGGGUAACUGCUCCUUUGCCCACAGCCCUGAGGAGAGAGACAUGUGGACCUUCAUGAAGGAAAAUAAAAUACUAGAUAUGCAGCAGACCUAUGACAUGUGGCUAAAGAAACACAAUCCUGGGAAGCCUGGAGAGGGAACACCGCUCACCUCACGAGAAGGGGAGAAACAGAUCCAGAUGCCCACUGACUAUGCGGACAUCAUGAUGGGCUACCACUGCUGGCUCUGUGGGAAAAACAGCAACAGCAAGAAGCAAUGGCAGCAGCACAUCCAGUCAGAGAAGCACAAGGAGAAGGUCUUCACCUCAGACAGUGACUCCAGCUGCUGGAGCUACCGCUUCCCCAUGGGCGAAUUCCGGCUCUGCGAGAGGUUCCAGAAGAACAAGGCCUGUCCUGAGGGAGAGGAGUGUCGCUAUGCCCAUGGGCAGGACGAGCUGACAGAGUGGCUAGACCGGAGGGAAGUGCUGAAACAGAAACUGGCCAAAGCUCGCAAGGACAUGCUGCUCUGCCCCAGGGAUGACGACUUCGGGAAAUACAACUUCCUAUUGCGGGAUGACGUAUAAUAUGAGCUGGGGGGAGUCUGUCAGCUGCAGAAACACGGGGUGGGUUUUCCAAGUGGCAGUAGCAGGGAGAGCGAGAUCUGUGUCUCGCAAAGAGAAUUUUUUCUUUUAAGAUUAUGAGACAAUGAUUUAUUUAUCAAAUUUGUGAAUUUGAUUCUCGUUGGCCAGCGACGCCACACUCACUGAGUUUAUGAUCCAUCUUUUCUCUCUUCUUUCCCCUAAAUUCUCCUUCCACUUCAUCUUUUUGUUUUCACUCUCUUUCAUUCAAAGGAAUUAAUUCAGUCUGGAUUGGGCUGCAAAUCAGAGAAUUUCUCCUUGUAUCAUUCUUCAGUCUUUCAAUUCAGAGUAUGACUGCAGAGGUCUGGAGAACAAAGCCGAGAGAGAGGGACAGCUGCGUGGUAUAAGGAGUGCAAGGUAAAAGCAGUAAUGAAACUGCUUGCAGCAGCGGGAACUGGGUUGUAGGUGACUUCAAACUUCAGCUGACUGAAGCAAGUUGGUGAGAAAGCAAGUUGGUGACUUCUCAUUAGAUGUCUUUUUCAGUGUGUGGCAAGUCUUCAGGGCAGAUAGUCUGGGUUUGGUUUUUUUGGCUGGUGUGACUGGUGCAAGUAAAACAGAACCCAUCUAGGAAGUGUAGUGGAGUCUGUGACAUACUGUGUGUCACUGAAGUCCACACAGCAGUAUCACUCAGGAGGGAGGUGGUCACCAAAAGGAACCUGUGUUUCUGUUGCUGUGUGUCCUGAAGAGAGGGAGGGAGGGAGGUAAUGGUGCUCUUUCUUGCUCUCUAAAUGGCAUGUGUUUCUGGUUACUUAGAGCUGCAUUUUUCCCUGCACUGCCAGAAGAACUGGGUGGGGACCCAUUUAAAAGGACACCAUUGCGCAGCACGGGCAAUGUUAAGCUAAUGGGACUCCAGCUGGAAGUGCUUACCAGUACCAGAGAUCCAGCCCCCCUCCUCCUCAGAGCCAGAGCAGGGAGCUUGCGGAUGCACAGUGCAACCAGGAUGUGACCCAGAGCAGGGACACAGUGCUGGAGAAUGAGUGUUACCGCAGGACCCAGCCAUGGCCUGCUCUUGUGCUGCCUGAUGUGUGCUUUGAUGAGGUAACCACUAAUGCUGAAUGCUGGGACAGAAGUUUUGCUUUUUUAAGUAGCAGCAGUGAGAAGCGGUACUGCUCUGCAUGCCAGCCUUGUCCUCUCUGGCAGUCUCACCUGUAAGCAGUAAAUGUGUCCCUUGUCCCUCUCCUUCUCCCUUCUGCAAUCCAGCACUGCUCUGCAGUUUUGCAUGCAUGGAUGGCACCAUCCAGUCAAACACAAACACACCUCCCUCCCAGCCUUUGUCAGGGUUGUCUUUUUCAUAGAGAUUCUCCUGGGACAGCAGUCUCGGAGCUCUUGGGGCUGGUAGGGCUGUAUCCAUCGUAAAUACAAUCUGGCCGUGAACCUCUUGGUGUUUUGGCAUUGAGGCAAUUUGGAAUUGUCCUCCCAUUCCUCUCUGCUCCCAUGUCCUUGGGGUUCAGAGCUUCAGGAGAGAUGGGAUGUGGAAAUCAGGAGAUGUGGAGACGGUGUGGAGCAGCUGUCAUCUUUGUAAACCAGCCUUCAGGAGGGUGCUUCAGCUUCACUGGGAUAGUUAGGGUCCAGUUAUGGAGCAGAGUGCUGGAAUCUUUACAGAGACAUGGCAUGCUCUAAGUAAACAGAAUGCACUUCUGCCCUUAGAAUCAUUAAGUUGAAAAAGACCUUGAAGAUCAAGUCCAGUUGUUAACCUGGCACUGCCAAGUCCCAGACUAAACAAUGUCCCAAAGUGCCACAUCUACAUGUAUUUUUAAAUACCUCUGGGGAUGGGGACAUAGCCUCUUUCCUGGGUUUAACCACUUUUCUGCUGUGCUUUUUUUCCUCUCCCUUAAAAUAUGGAUGUAGUCUCUGGUUUGCUAUGAGCAAUAUCAGACAUGGCAGUUUUUGAGUGGUCAGAUGCUGUAUUUUCUCCUUGUUCUUUGUGGUAGCUAUGGUACCUUCUCCUGGUCAUCCUUGUGCUCAAGUGGUCAAGUUUAGAGAUGGGAGGAGACAGGCAUCAACUCCUGGGUUAUCUUGGUCUGCUCUUCUUGGGCAGAAAUGUCAAGGAAAGAAAUCUGGAUUGGGGGACACUGGAAUGUGUUUUUUAUUUUUAAAACAAACCUGCAUCUCUAGUGUGACUGUAGCGUUCGCUGAACCGUGAUUUCUCAUGUAACCUAAACAAGUUACAGAGUGGGUCACUGUCCCCUCUCCCUGUCUCUGCAAUGAGAGCUGAGCUGCUCAGUGGGGCUUCAGAGGUUUGGGCUGAGGCUGAGAUGGGAGAGAGUGAGGUGAGGUGAUGUAGGCCCACGGUCAUGGGGGUUGCAUCAAGCGUCUCUUUGUUUUCCCUGAUAUGAUAACCUGGUCUGUGGUGUUGCAGUACUUCGUCACCAGACUUGUUUUAGUGUGUAUAUAUGUGACCCUUCCCAUGAAGCAUAUAUACACAGGUAUUAAAUAUAUCGCUCUAUAUAAUAUUAUAUGUGUGUGGUAUCAAAGGAAUCUUUUAAAUGAGGGUAAAGGAAAAGGACUCAGGCCAGGAAACGCAGCAUCUCCAGUUUAAUUAUGAAGCCUUUUAUUUGGGAUAGGGAAAGGGAGCUAACAAAAGAGGGGAGGGUUUUAUAUAGAUAGGUAUAAACUUUGAGAUGGGACAGGUUUCCCUGGUCACAUUUUGAAACCCUUUAGGAUUGUCCUUGCAGUCCCAUCUCAGUGAGAGAGUAUUAUACUGCUAACUAGUGAGUAAAGUUUUAACAUAAGGCUUUGCUUAUAUUAUUUAAAGGGACAUUGUGAAAGGCAGGAAGUUUCACACUCGGUUUCCCAGGCUUGCUUUAUCAAGCCAAGAGGGUUUUCUUCAGCACAUAAUGUGCUCUCAGCAGAAAUGCUCAGUGCUCGCAGCUCUACAGCAGAUAAACCACAAGUUGUAGGGGCUGCUUUAGUGAUGUGUUCACAAGACCCUGUGAUAACUCUCCCUUCUUUAUUUGUGUGAAAGAAGAAGAAUAUUCUGCAGCACAGAAUCGAAUUUGAGGGUUCUUAACAAAGGAAGUGUUAAUGUUUUAAUUUUAUAACAUUAGAAAAAAAUCUCAUAUCCUGUAAAAUAACCACAGACAUUCACACACAGCAGAAACUUAUUAAAUGCUGAAGGACUUAGUGAAAAUCUUUUCCCAAAUUCUUUGGUAGGGGCAGGGAUUUAGGUUACACUGGCAUUGGAGUUAACCAGGCCUUUACAGGGAGAAGUAAAAAAAAAAAAAAAAAAAACAAACCAACAACCAACAAAAAAUACCCUACUUAGCUUGUAUGAAACUGUAUGUUAAAAAUUGAUGGGUUUUAGCAAGUGAAAGGAAAAGAUAGCAAGGGGAUGCUGCAGUUCUGAACUGGGUAGUAAUGAUUUUGAGUCCUUUAAUAUGUCUUAUAUUAAUAUAAUUUAAGAAUACCACGCUUUACUAUUAAAAAAGAACUUAGUAUCUUUCAUAAGGUCUAGUAUCAGGAUAAAUAUGUAGAUGUUUUAACAAAAUUUUUGUUUUUGUUCUUAAAUAAAGAAAGAAAAACCAAAAUUGCUUCUUUUAGCCUUUGUAAUAGAAAAUAAAAGUGUGCACUUUAAACCCUC